CCACGAAGUGGCGCCCUCUUCUGGUCACUCCGAGAAGAGCAGCCGUCGAGAGAGGGGGCGGAGGACGCGGAGGGACGGAGAAAGAAAGAAAGAAAAGAGCCUGUGCGUGUUUUCGCAGGCGGAGUUUCGUUCUUGCGCACCGUUGGAAUUCACUGUCUCUUUAUUUUAUCCUCGGGAUUGCUUGAGGAGACAGAAGGAGCAAGAACGCGCCUCAAGCGAGCAGAUGUUAUAGCCGGGCUAUCCCUGUUUCCAGCCUGACAAUCGAGCGUAUCCUCUACUAAAAUGUGGCAGCCUGCGUCGGAGCGAUUGCAGCAUUUACAGACCAUGCUAAAGACCAAACUCAACGUGCUGACGCUCCGGAAGGACCCGCUGCCCACCGUGAUCUUUCACGAGCCGGAAGCCAUCGAGCUGUGCUCCACCACACCUCACACGAAGAACCGCGCGCACACGGGAUAUAAGCUCUGUCGGGGGACACAUGCGCCUCUCAUUCUGGUCAUUAACGUUCCGCUCUGGAAUGCUGAGCUGAUUAACGAAUUGCACAAUGUUUGCGCUCGCUCGCUCGCUUUGAGUGCUGCGCGUCAGAGAUCUGGAAGAGCAGCUUUAUUGCUGGGAGGCUCUCGAAAUCCUUCAGAAGUGACCUACCUUGGCAAGGUGACCAUUUCUGGCACUCACUUCCUGUCCGGCUGCACCGAGUCGGCUGUGGUGGGAUUAUGGGACACCAAGCGGACGUCUCUGGCCCACGACGACUCCAUCACCUCUAGCAACGCCGUACUGGAAAUCCGGCCGUUCCAGGUACGACUGCAUCACCUGGACGGCCGGGGCGAGGCCACGGUCGCCAUGGACACCUUCCAGGUGGCUCGCAUCGCGUACUGCACGGCGGACCACGACAUCAGCCCCAACGUCUUCGCCUGGAUCUACCGGCAGAUCAACGACGAUCUGACCUUCCAGAUGGACUGCCACGCCGUGGAGUGCGAGAGCAAACUGGAGGCCAAAAAACUGGCGCACUCCAUGAUGGAAGCCUUUAAGAAAACCUUCCACAGCAUGCGCAGCGACGGACGCAUCCACAAGAGCGGCUCGUCCGACGAGUUCCCCGACGAGGCCAGCACCCCCGACGACGGCUGAGGGGGCCCCCGAGAACGGCUCUCGCGCUCUUCUUCGUGUCUUUGUGCCAUAAUAGAAUAUUCCGAAAAAAUAACCACAACGAAAAGAGAACGCCAAUGGAAAUUCAAACCACAAACCAAGAAACUAGCCUGCCAGACAGUUCGUGCCCGUUUUUGCUAAAGCGUCCGCGUACUUCACCACAGUCACACUCCCACUUGAAAGCUGCUGGUUUUGACGCGCCGCGCGUGAAUUGCGUUACUUACAUUUUUUUUUGCCGAUCAAAACCUUUGGAUCUAGGAGUUCCUGAUGUGCGUGCGGAAAUCUUUUAUGUCGUUUUUUUAGAUAAGGCUGAGGCGCGCCUCCUCUGCUAAGUAGAAUUUCAGAGAGAUAUAAUUUUGAUAUUUAUGGCGGGCAGCCAGCCUAGGGCAUUUCUUUACCUUUAUCGGGCCGUAGAAGCGUAAUUAUAGGGACCGUGCAUCGAUUUGUUUGUUUUUUAAGAUACCAAAAGCCAGUGUGCGCGUGUGUGAUCUAGGGUUUGUUUGUCUGCAGCUCAUGAGCCUUUGAUUAUCUGUGGAACAGGUUCUCUACUACAAGCUGAGUGUGCCUGUCUGUCCGGCGUAGUUUAAUGUGUGCGUGAGGCGUUUUCCACCAGAAAACACGUCCCAAACCUGUAUGAGUUUAUUUUUUCUGUUGAGCAAAAUAGAGGUUAUUUUUAAGAGUGUUGGUAACAGUUGCGGUAACCAUUGUCUUCCAUAGAAUUUUUUUUUUUUGAGUCAAUUGCUACCGGGUUACCAACAUUUCCCGAACGUUCUUCUUUUCUGCUGAGUUUUUAUUUUUGGGUGAACUAUCUCUUGCAGGGCUCAUAGGUACGGUCACGUUUACUCUUGUUCGGGAAAGGCUUCACGAGAAGGAAGCGGUUCAAUGUGCAGAUUUGGCCUUGGUUUGAAAGCGACUCAAGUGUAAGCUGUGCUUAAUGCGUUGCUACGCUAUUUACAGCAGACUUUUUUUACGCUAAUUAUCAAUAAAUUCUUGAUAACGUGACCGCACCUAUAGUUCACGGUCCUAAACGGAAACGUGUGAUGGGUGCUUUCGAAACAAUGCUUCACGAAGCUUUCAAACGUUUUUUUUUUUGUUUUUUUGUGAAGAACGAGAAUCUUCAUUUGUAAUUAUUUGUAGAUCACAUUUAAUAGAUGACGCUUUCGUGAACAUAUUCGCGGUGGGUUUGUAAAAAGGUUUUGACGCCUUUGUGACCAGCAGGUGCCGCCAUUUUGUUUUUUUGUUUUUGGAGCAACUUUUAAUUCUAAGCUUCAGAAAGCGUCGUUUCUCCCAUCGCUUGGUCCUGCGUUCACAUACAGGGUGUCACGGCUCGUUUCUGGUGGAUUUAGAGAGAACUGUGUUAAUGUUUUGUGCAGGGAGAGGGAGGACCCCAAAAGCAUAGCUGCCCCAUAGAGUGCCUGUCUCUCCCCCCCUCCCCUCCAUGCUGAAUGUAUGAAGUCUCUUGUGCUGCAAGCGCUAUACAUGUACUGGUACUGAAAGCCUUGUUUGAUUAUUAUUUUAGCCUUUUUUUUUAAAUAUACAUUUGUAUUUGCAGGUAAUUUGGAAGCUGUAUAGUGGUUUAGAGUCACUUUUUUUGUACAAGAUGUCCAGCACGUGCGUGUAAUAUAAUGCAUGCGUGAUUUUACACGUGGCUCCACUCACCUGUGAAAACCCUGUUGCGGGACGAUGGACCGUGGAGCAUCGAGCAGAUGGAUGAACGGAUUCGGAUUCGGAUUCUAAUUGGGAUCGGGAUUCUGUUAGAGCGCAUCUGGCAGUGACAUUUAUAAUUCUAAAGAAAUAUAUAUAAAAGAUAUAUAUACGGUGUAUUUGAAAAACUCAUUUGAUAAGCUUGUGUAAAUACAAAUGUAUCAAUUUUUUUUCCUUUUUAAAUACUGCAUUAAAUGUUCGGUAUUUUGAAUAAAGUGACAAGCACCAUUUAAAGAAAUCAGUAUUAUGGCCAACUGUGAAUUUGGAUCGGGAGGACAGCCUUCAUUGUGAGUGAUGAGAUGUCAGGGGAGAAUGAGGAUGAGUGUCUCGUUGUUGUUGUUGUUAUUGUUGUUGUUGCUGUUUUUUAAUUUGUAAAAUUGUAGAUGAGCGUUCUCACUACACGUCUUAAUGGCUCAGACUCGCUUUAAUGUGUUGAAAUGUUACCAUAUGUGUUUUUUAUGCUGUAUUUGCAAAGAUAAAAAAAGAUACAGUCAUAUAUAAACUAUUUACCAAGCUAA